UUUAUUCCGUAAAAAUGUGAACAAUUUCUCUUAUAGUGCUGUGAUACAAGGCCACAUGCUAUAUAACUAAUAGCCAUAAUAUUGCCCUCAGUGACGCGAGCUAGCUUCGCAAUGCAGAGAAGAUCGAUGCGGAUCAGUAUCUGCAGGGUCUGCAGUUCGUCAGUGCUUCGUCGCCAUGUGCGAACAUAUGUUUUGGUUGUUACUUCUCCCGAAUAACUGUACUUUGCAAGGAUGAGGCUCCUGGCUUUGCAACUGAAUGAAUGGAUUUACUGCUCAUGAGUUUGCCUGUUCAUCACCUCUAAAGACAGCCAUGAUAGCCAAUGCAACUGCCCAGGCGUACACCAUGCGCAACAUUUCCAUUCCGGGCCUUUUUGGAGACACAACGUGUGAUGUUUGGAAACAGCCGCAGCAUGUGUUAUUUCAACUGGCCAACACCUGCUUCUGCGUAUCCUAUUUAGCACCCAAUGGUCGUUAUGGGAUACUCUUCUUACACGCCCUUCUUAUUCUAGGUUUUCUGCUUAAUUCCACAUGGGCAUGGAAUGUGAUAUGUGCUCCAGACAUGUUCUCCUGGAGCUUCAGUUUCAUGAUACUCAACAUGGUGCAAACCAUGUUCCUUCUCUACACCAUGAGGCAGGUCAAGUUUCCACGAGAAUUGGAAGAUAUAUAUGUCCUGAUGUUCCAGCCUUUGCAAGUACCACGACUGCUGUUCAAGAAAUUGGUGAGCCUGGAGUAUGCCCAAAUAUGUAACCUUCAUGCUGGAGAAGCCUAUGCCAUGCAAAACUUGACGAAGACGGAUCGCUUGGGACUCUUGAUUGCAGGAAAGGUCAGUGUGCUGACAGACCAUCAUUUUUUACACUACAUACAUCCCCGUGAGUUCUUGGAUUCUCCUGAAUUUGAGUCUACUCGGCCUGGUGUGGACGACAAAUUUAAGGUGUCCAUACUGGCUGUGACUCCUUGUCGAUACCUGUUUUGGCAGCGCUCCAACCUGGAGUACUUGCUCAUCAAGGAACCCCAGCUUGCAACUGUUGUGUCACUGCUGAUUGCUAGAGACAUCACUUCCAAGCUGUAUGCUAUGAAUGAAAAGAUUGUCACAGAGAAAGGGUCACAUCUAGAUAUUCGCCUUCCAAGUGUGACUGGCUCAAUGACUUAUCGUGGACAGCUGUCAUCACCAAGUCAAGGAAACUCUAUCACCUGUUCUCCUGUGAAUGCUUACAAGUACAACGAAGUAUACACAAGUCAACAGACACUUGUGCGAGAAACCAAGAAGCGACUUAGGAGAUCUCGUAAGUGGCAAGCAUCAUCUGAAUAAGAGUGACUUGCCACAAGGGUGACUUGUCUACCCUACAGCAAACAAGUUUAUCCUUACUAGGUUACAGACGUGCUUCACAAAAGAUCGGAGAAAGUUAUCUGUGAUUCUCUUGAUGUCACUAUUAUGGGAUAUGUAAUACACAUUGUACAGUGUAAACCACUUAUAACAUAAGUCGCCGGAGUCGCGAAUUUCUGCACUAUAAGCGGUACUGCACUAUUACUAAAACAACGAUUUUCAAGCCCUGCAUGUAUGCAAAACAUGUAGACCAAGCAGCCGCUCAUAUCCGAGAAUUGAAGCAUGCGACUGGGAGUUAUGCAUCCGAUUAAAUUUACGAAUGUUGAAAGGUUAAUGUCCAAGUAUCCACGAUCUUUGCAUGAAGCAGACAAAGUAAUUAUUAAAACGACUUUGUGGUGCUGAAUUAAGGCAAGUUUGCGGUGCCGAAGGCAUGCGCCCGAUGCACGCACUGAGUCUGGACGAAUUAAUUACCAUUCGCUGCAACAACUGCAGUCGAAACCACGGUCGCUAUUUAUGCGAUCACCGAUGGUGACUACGCAGUUUUUUAGGAACGCGGCCGAUGCGUGUACUGAGUAAAAACGAAACUACUGUUCACUGCAAUCACUGCAGAGAAAACCGCGGCUACUAUCGACGCGGUAGUGGAUGACGACUACGCAGUUACGAAAGCCCGCGGCCAUCGCAGUGUUAUGCGCGGCGGUAAACACAAGAAUACAGGCUUUAAAGACACAAAUAGGCUCGAAGCGUUCCGGCAUUGCUGUCAUUCACGUACGAUUUCAACUAAUAGCUGUGGCGAAGUGGACUCCGCCACUUCGUUUCGGUUGGACGCUAGCGCUGUUCUUGCUCUCUUGCGGCACACAUUUGCGGUGUUCCUCGCUCACCGAGCUCCGAAAGUAGUCCGAAUUAAUCAGAGUUUGAUUGCAUUGAAUAACGCAUACGCCGGCCGGGACUAGAGGACGAGUCCAAAUUAACCGAUUUUCCGAACUAACAAGGGUCGAAUUAACGAGGUUUUAAUGUAGCUCCAAACUAAAUUUGCGGAACACUGCUUAAAUUGACAGCGUCGCUCGCGCGAUAUCUGCACUUCACGACACGCAUCGCGAUGGGUGCACAGAAACUGAAGCCAC